UUUUACUCAAAUAAAUAAAUAAAUGAUAAAGGAAACUCAUACCGCCAACCAAUUGGAUAGAAAAAAACUGCAGCCAAUAGUCCACUCAUGUGAGUUGUGAAAUAGAAAGGUAAUAGUCUGGACCUGCGGGCACUUCUUGUCCUCCAUCCAUUUCCAUUCCCAUUCCCUUUCCCAUUCCCAUUUCCAAGCAAUGCUAAUUCCUUAACCCACCAAAAAAAGAACAAAGCCUCGCCAUCAUAAGGGAGUUUGACCGAUAAAAAUUCAGUCUCUCGCUCUAUCAGUUAAAUUCAUCACCCCCUCUGCUUCUGGCUCGCCCUGCUGUCAAAAGCAUUUCAAAACAGAACCAAAAAGAAGAACAUAGCUCCUGUUCUUGAUGGGGAAGAAGGGAGGCACCACCACUUCCUCCUGGUUGACUGCGGUGAAAAGGGCUUUCAGAUCUCCCACUAAGGAAUCUACCGAUAAGCGAACCAGCCGGAGAAGAGGCGAACACCGUGACCAAGACGUCGACGAUGAAGAAAAGAAACGAGAGAAGCGGAGAUGGAUAUUCAGGAAACCCACGAGCCAAGAAACUGCACCAUCAAUCCAACAGAAGCCCACGCCUCCAUCCGCCGACCACUCCUCUGCCCCGGCAGCUGAGCAGAGGCAUGCUGUCGCGGUGGCCGCCGCAGCCACAGCAGUCACCAGUCUUGCUAGGCCUAAUUACCACGCCAGGGAGCACUAUGCUGCCAUUGUCAUUCAAACCUGUUUUAGAGGAUAUCUGGCGAGGAGGGCAUUGAGAGCGCUGAAGGGGCUGGUGAAGUUGCAAGCACUCGUUAGGGGACACAAUGUGCGGAAGCAAGCAAAGAUGACACUGCGAUGCAUGCAAGCUCUGGUUCGAGCCCAAGCUCGAAUCCUCGAUCAACGGAGGAUGCAGCAGCAGCGGCUUCCCCACAGCCGAAAAUCCACUUUCAGAGACGCCACUAGCCUUAUCGAAUUGCGAUACUUGCAAGACCUCUCUGACCGGAAAUCCCUGCAGUCGAGAGAAAGAAGAAGCAGCAGCAUUUCCGGUGAUUGGGAUGAGCGGCUGCACACGAUUGAGGAAGUGAAUGCAAUGCUUCAGCUUAGGAAAGACGAUGCUGCUUUGAAUCGCCAGAGGAACUUGUCUCACCAGGCGAAGACAUGGAGGAAUGUUAGGAGUUCAUCAUCAGUAGGAAGUGAAGCAGAGCUCCAGGCGGCAAAGCCAUGGAAUAGCAGCAGAAGCAGUAGAGGAGCCAGAGCAUCAACUGACCAUAGAGAUCCAAUCAAGACCGUAGAAAUGGACAUGUCAUCGCUUACCAGGAGACCGUCGAACCAAACCCACCAAAGAUCCAGCUCGCCGAUCCACCGAUCCCACCAAACGCAGCCGUUUCACCAUCGAACUCCCGUCGCGAACACGCCAUCUCCGUCGCGAACCAGGCCGGUCCAAGUCCGGUCGGCGAGCCCCAGAUCGUCGUGCUUGAGAGAAGAAGAUUACAGAUCAAGCUGCGAUUCCUCCCGGACUCCCAGCCUGAGAUCCAAUUACCGCUACACAGGCGGCAAUUUGUUGAACAUUCAACGCGGAUUGAUAAGGAGUUCGAAUUCCUCCGCCGUUGUUGGGCCGCUCCCGAAUUACAUGGCGGCAACGGAAUCAGCGAGGGCGAGGAGCGCGCCAAGGCAGAGACCUUCGACGCCGGAGCGGGACGGCGGGUGUGCGAAGAAGCGGCUUUCGUUCCCGGUCCCGGAUCCUUACGUGACUUCCGGCGGGUUGGGGCAGUGUCCAUUGAGAAGCCCGAGCUUUAAGAGCGUGAGUAGCAGCGCGUAUCUCGGCGGAUUGGAGCAGCAAUCGAACUACUCGUCUUGCUGUACGGAGAGUGUGAUUGGGUACGGCGGCGGCGGCGAGGUUUCCCCUUGGUCCGCAGGCAAUUUCAGGCGGUGGUUAGGGUGACGUAGUGGAUUGACCUGGGUCGGUUCAUGGAAUGCCCGUUGGAGAAUUAACACGUUUAGGGUUCUUUUCGAUUUUUGCUUGGGAACAUUUGUUUGCAAUUAGCAUCUAACUUAUGGUUGGUUCGUUUUUACCAGUUGGUCAUAAAUACAUGUCAAUAGGGAAUAGCUUAUCCAAAAUUUAUUUGUGAUUUCCUUGACUAUUAGGCUUCCAACUUUUUCUAACGCUGACAAAUUGUGAUAUAUAAAAUUCUUGGUUUAGGUUCGGUAAAAU